GGGCGCCGUUCACCUCGCUAGGCUUCAGAGUAGGGUGGCUUUGGACGCGUGGUUCCUGGUGGCUGGAGCGGUGCUGCUCAACCUUUCAUACUAGGCCGUUCGCCAUUGCCUGGCACAAUAUUGAGACAAGUAUGGACAUGGAGAUGGUCCAGCAACUUCUCGACUGAACGCAAGACAUCAUGAACGACAUCGAAAAGCCCACAGAGAUCAUAGACCACGGCCUAGGCUUCGCGGAAGCUUCUCGGCUGCUGGCUAGCGAUGUUGAUUCCGAAAGCUUCAUCUUUCGAAAGUUUAACAGAUUAAGCGCCCGCAACAUCUGGUACUUGCAGUGUGAGGUGUUAGCCCUGGAGGAGAAGUUGGAGAAGCUUGAUCGACUAGUUGAUCGGAGCACCGACACAUCACUGCAGGAAUCUGCGAGAAAAUGGGAAAUGCUGGUAAUUCAGUGCAAUGAAGGUGAGCCGAGAGCCCUCGAGAUGAUGGCGACGGUGCGAGAAUUGAGAGCAAGGCUGAGGGAAUAUCAUGAGACGCUCAAACUCCAGAGCGAGAUAGCCUCUAUGCAUCGCCCUGAGGGAAGAGCAUUGCAGGCGACUAGGCAUUUCACGGUCUAAUCUGCAGCGUGGCUUUCACUCUGUAAGCUCUGACAGAUUUGGAGUACCGCUCUUUCUCUCGUCUGAUCUCGGGCUGUAAGGCUUACGGGCCACCGGGCAUAUAUCUGUACAUGUCCGAAGCUCGGUCUUUCUGUCACUGAGUUGCGGUGGCGGUAGCUGGGAUGGGGCCGGUGCUGAAGCGGAGGACCGAUGCAUUUCCGAUGCACUCGGUGCUUCUCAGGCUGGUCUUUCAACACUUGUUCCUCAGCUCGGGUACCUUGCGUUUGGCACUUUUGGUGGAAGCUGGAGCUGCAGUCUAGUCGUCACAGAAAUAUAGAGCUUCUUUCUCUUUGCUUCC